CCACACCCCACCAUCAUCAAUCACAACAAACCCUAAGUCAAUCCCAAAAAUCCCCAAAUUCCAAUCUCAAAUCCCUAGAAAAACCCUAAAAAAUCAUGUCGAACCCAAAGGUCUUCUUUGACAUGGCUGUUGGUGGCCAACCUGCCGGAAGAAUCGUCAUGGAGCUGUACGCCGAUGUUGUUCCCAAAACCGCCGAGAAUUUCCGCGCACUCUGCACCGGAGAGAAGGGAAACGGCCGCAGGGGAAAGCCACUCCACUACAAGGGCUCCGCCUUCCACCGUGUCAUCCCCGGAUUCAUGUGCCAAGGAGGUGAUUUCACCGCCGGAAACGGUACCGGUGGCGAGUCAAUCUACGGUGAGAAGUUCGCCGAUGAGAACUUCGUAAGGAAGCACACUGGUCCAGGAAUCCUUUCCAUGGCCAAUGCUGGUGCCAACACCAACGGGUCACAGUUCUUCAUCUGUACCGAGAAGACCGAGUGGCUCGAUGGAAAGCACUGUGUUUUCGGUCAGGUGGUUGAAGGCAUGGACGUUGUUAGGGCUAUUGAGAAGGUUGGAUCUGGCAGUGGAAAGUGUUCUCGCCCUGUUGUCAUUGCUGACUGCGGUCAACUUUAAGGAUAGAAGAAGUAUGAUCCUAUCAUCAUCUACAACAUCGUCAUCGUCGUUUGAUGGUCCGGUCUUAGAUCUGAUCUUCGUCAAUCUAUCUGUCUGCUAGAAUAAUAUUGGUGGUUUGUUUUAGGGUUUUAGGAGAGAGAAAGUUCGAGAAGAGGAGAGAGAUUGUGAUCUAAAUUUUAGUUUCCCGUGUUUUUCAUUUUUUGUUUUGGUGCUGUUUGUUGAUGAUCAUGUUUCUCUUACUAAGGCAAUUGGGAUAAAUAAUUGAAAUUCUCUGGUUCAAAA